GACAUAACAAAUACCAUUGCGUUGUGCCACAGACCUUUGGCUGCAAGACUUUGGUCGAAACCAUGUUGUGCGGAUGCUCUCGUGUGUCUAUGCACUUGUGGGAUCAUCAUCAUCAUCAUGAUGCUACGGUUGGAUUAGGUUUAGGGUUUUGCGGUGCAAAGAUUGUUCAAUUCUCUCCCUUCGGUCUGAGACCUCACCCGACUCUGGCUAACGCCGAUUCCGGCCAUAGUUUGCCGGACCAGAUGGUUUCUUCCUCUGGUUCUCACUGCAAGAUUCCCAGUGAAAAUCCCGUUCUUCACGAUUGCUUCAGCCAGCGAGAAGAUGAUAGUGGCCUUCAAGUUGAGGGGUUGUCCCCAGUUGCAGGAGGGAUUGUUGCUCUAGGGAAGUUUGAUGCUUUACACAUUGGGCACAGAGAGCUUGUGAUUCAAGCUUCGAGAAUUGGAACUCCGUAUCUGUUGUCUUUUGUCGGAAUGGCUGAGGUACUUGGUUGGGAGCCUAGGGUUCCAAUAGUGGCCAAAUGCGAUCGAAAACGGGUGCUUUCCUCAUGGGCUUCAUAUUGUGGGAACAUAACACCGGUUGAAUUCCAGAUAGAGUUUUCCAGUGUUCGACAUCUUAGCCCCCGAGAGUUUGUGGAGAAGCUAACGUCAGAGCUCGGAGUUUGUGGAGUUGUUGCAGGGGAAAAUUACCGGUUUGGAUACAGAGCUUCUGGCGACACCGCCGAGCUCGUGAGGCUGUGUGGGGAGUAUGGUAUCGGGGCUUAUGUCAUAAACUCUGUGAUGGACAAGAAUCAAUAUUCUCGAGGCAGUGAGACAGAAGACAGAGAGGACAGAGGACAAGUUUCUUCAACUCGUGUUCGCCAUGCUCUUGCCUUGGGAGACAUGGAAUAUGUAACUGAGCUUCUAGGCAGGCCUCAUCGGCUUAUCUCGAGAGUUGGAACCCGGGAUUUGUCCAGUGAUGGGAUGAUUUCGGUGCCCAGAUCCUCAUUGCUGAAUCUACCGCCUCGGAAUGGAGUUUAUGAGGGCUGUUCUGUUCUGGUUAGUGGUAAAAUUCCGGUUUCUUGUAGUGUAGUUAUCGAUACAUAUGGUGUCCGUGUAGAAACAGAGGAACCACCAUGUCUUUGGAAUUCAGAUGCAGCUCAAGAGUUUCAGCUCCUGGGCAUUGAAUUUGGUUGAACCUCAUCCCAAUUCUUACGUUUUUUUUUCUCAAUUAUUCGACUUGUACCAAUCCGGUUUAGAAAGAAUUGUGACCCGGUUUAGUUCUUGUGACUCGGUUUAGUCCUUGUGACCCGGUCAUGUCUCUUACUAA